CCAGAAAAUAUAUCACGAUACUUUUACUUUCUAGUUCGUGUGCUUUAUAGCUAUUGGUAAGCGACGCAUUCCACAUCAUCAAGUACAACUGCUUUCCACACCAUCAAGUACAACUGCCUUACGUGUUUUCACCUCUUGUUUCUUGUUUCAAUUAUCACAAGCACUAUUUCCAUCACCGUAUUCUCGAAACAAAAUGUCGUUGGAGCUGCCGGGCAAAGAUAAGUUUUUCAUUUUGCUGCGUGGAAUUUCGGGCGUCGGGAAGACGAAACUGGGCCGAGACAUCUGUGCCGCCUUGUCGUCCACGGUGAAAUGCGUCCACGUCAGCAAUGACUUUUACUUUGAGGAAACCGGCAUGCCGUGGAGCUUCGGCGCCGUUCAAUUCCAGGCGAUUCCGGACGUGCGCCGCAAAGUGCAACAAGCAGUGAAAGACCGCGCGCGCGUCAUUAUUUGCGACAAUUGGAACCUGAAGACGCCGGGGGGUGAUGGCUGGAGCGGCGACGCGCUUGGCGAACUGUGGGACUUAACAGUCCGGGACGGAGGCUAUCAGCCCAUCGUGGUGGAGUUUAAUCUUUCGAGUUUGAAGGAGGCUGAAGCUGCGGUGGCGCGCAACCACCGGCCAGGAAUGGAAACGCCACAAAAAAUUGCCCGCAAGAAUUGGAUGGUCAUGGGGCACCUUCCGGAUGACUGGGACGAGGCAGUGCCGGACGACUGUUACAUCGAAGUCGAAAAAAUGAACCGCGACGAAAAACUCGCCAGGCAGAUUUUGGACCUCAUGGGGGCGGUCGCCCCUAAGAAGAAGACCCCCCGGACUAAGCAGGCGAGCCGUUCAGCCGAAGCUAAAACGCCGAAGAAGAGCACAAAAUCGCGCAGCAAGAGCAGUGCCGCGACCCCCAAAACAACAAAAAAGGCGAAGGCGACAAGAAAGAAUAAAAAGUAGCUGCCCAUUGGAACGCCGAGGCUGUACACAGGCGGCAGUGUAUCGCACCCAUUCAAAAGAACGCUUCCCAUUAUUUCAGCGAUCGCACUUUUUCGAUGACCCGCAUUCUUUGUAUUGCGUCACUUCUCAGGAGGCAAGCGGUCCUCAUGUUCGAACGCGAGAUGUAGCACCUACUUUUUUUUGGCAAUGUUUCUGAUCCUCAGUG